AUGCUAAAAGGUCUUUGUACUGCCGCUACAGCCGUAAAGCCUCAACAUGAAACACAUGGUCUUAUAUUGCCUGCAGCCACAGUGUCUAAACAUCAAAAUACAUCAAAAACAUCAAAAUACAUG